AUGCCCAUUGCCAUCGUGGGAAUGGGAUUCCGGGGUCCAGCCGAUGCAACCAAUGUUGAGAGAUUAUGGAAGUUGAUCGUCGAAGGACGAGAAGGAUGGAGUCGAAUUCCAGCGAGAAAGUGGAAUCCUGAUGCUUUUUAUCAUCCGGAUAAUACACGGCAUGGGACGAUAAAUGUGCAAGGAGGACACUUUCUCACUGAAGAUGUCUCGCUGUUUGAUGCGCCUUUCUUUAACAUGACCAGCGAUGAAGCAGCAGCCAUGGACCCCCAACAACGACUCCUCCUCGAAGUCACCUACGAAGGACUCGAAAACGCCGGCAUCCCCCUCCCCUCCAUCAUGGGCAGCAAAACCGCCUGCUUCGUCGGCUCCUUCAGCGCAGACUAUACAGACAUGCUCCUGCGCGAUCCCGACUCGGUCCCCAUGUACCAAUGCACCAACGCCGGGCAAUCACGGGCGAUGACCGCAAACCGGGUCUCGUACUUUUUCGACCUCAAAGGACCCAGCGUGACAGUUGACACCGCGUGUUCGGGGAGUCUGAUAGCGCUGCAUCUGGCGUGUCAGAGUCUGCGGACUGGUGAUGCCUCGACGGCGAUUGCGGCGGGUGUGAAUGUCGUUCUUAGCCAUGAGUUUAUGUCGACGAUGAGUAUGAUGAAAUUCCUCUCCCCGGACGGCCGAUGCCACACCUUCGACGAAGACGCCAACGGAUACGCCCGCGGCGAAGCAAUCGGCUGCCUCAUCCUCAAACCACUGCAAUCCGCCCUUCGCGAGGGCGACACCAUCCGCGCCAUCAUCCGCGGCUCUGGCUCCAACCAAGACGGCCGCACACCAGGCAUCACACUCCCCAGCAGCGCCUCGCAAGAAGCCCUCAUCCGCGACGUGUACAGCACCGCGGGGCUCGACCCACUCGAGACGGAAUUCGUCGAAGCCCAUGGCACGGGAACGCAGGCUGGCGAUCCCAUUGAGACAGGGGCGUUGGCCAAGGUGUUUAGCCCCGGUCGUGCGGCGGAUAGACCGUUACGGGUUGGUUCGAUCAAGACGAAUGUCGGGCAUCUGGAGGGGACGAGUGGUGUUGCGGGUGUGAUUAAGGCUGUGCUGAUGCUGGAGAAUCGAGUGUUUCUGCCGAAUCGGAAUUUCAAAACGUUGAAUCCGCGAAUUCUGCUGGAUGAGUGGAAGCUCAAGAUCCAGCUGGAUACUGAAGCAUGGGAGAGUCCUGGUCCGCAUCGUGUGUCUGUGAAUAGCUUCGGAUACGGUGGUAGCAACGCCCAUAUCGUCCUCGAAGACACGGCUGGAUAUCUAGCAAACAGAGGACUGAAGGGUCUAUACCGAAUAGAAACAUCAGCUAUCCAAGCCACAAAUGGAAAUGGUGAAAUAAACGGAAACGGUCAUACUCAGAAAACCCAUCGCACGCGAGUUUAUACACUCUCCGGUUUUGACGAAAACUCCUGCAUUAAACAAGCCGAAGCAUUACGGGAAUAUCUUCUAGGAAAAGACUCAGGGGAUGAUGAGUUCCUGAAUAACCUCGCCUACACGCUGAACCAACGUCGGACAAAACUCAGCUGGAAGACAGCCGUGAUAGGCAGCUCAGCAGCGAGUCUAGUCGAAGCUCUAUCCGGAAAUGUGAAGCCGAAGCGAACAGCCAAAAAGCCUAGUCUGGGGUUUGUCUUUACUGGGCAGGGCGCACAGUGGUGUGGCAUGGGCAGGGAGUUAUUCCAUGCGUAUCCAGCAUUCAGACACUCGAUUGAGAGGAUUGAUGCUCAUUUGGCGCAGAUUGGAGCGCCGUAUUGUCUUGUUGAUGAGAUUCUUGAAAACCAAGAUGCUACCCGAUUAAGCCAUCCCCUUCACAGCCAGCCCAUCUGCUCGGCAUUGCAGAUCGCUCUCGUCGAUCUCCUGGCUACAUGGGACAUCUAUGCCGAGUCUGUCACCGGGCAUUCCAGCGGGGAGAUUGCAGCAGCAUACGCAGUGGGCGUGUUGAGCAUGGAGGAUGCCAUGACGGUUGCAUAUUAUCGCGGCGUCACUGCCAGCAGACUACCUAUAGACAGACAGACAAAAGGGGGCAUGAUGGCGCUAGGAAUGUCAGCCGAAGACGUCCAGCCGUAUGUGGACAGACUGAAAUCAGGAAAGGUGGUGGUGGCUUGCAUCAACAGCCCAUCAACAGUGACCAUCUCUGGCGAUCUUCCAGCAAUUGAAGAGUUGGAAAGCGUCCUCAGCGACAAGCAGGUAUUCAGUCGUCGUCUUGCCGUCAACGUCGCAUAUCAUUCCCAUCACAUGAAGCAGAUUGGCGAUGAAUACCUCGCGUUCAUAUCGAACAUCAAACCCAGGGAGAUGGCAAAGGCAUCGUUCUUUUCCUCCGUGACAGGAACAGAAGUCUAUGCCUCUGAUCUUGGACCUCAAUAUUGGGUCAGCAAUCUCCUUGGACAGGUCAAGUUCGUCGAUGCCAUCCGCACGCUUUGCUUCGAGACGAACCAGAAGAACGCAGGUGCUGCAGCUAAACGCUUCAAACGAGCCCGCACCGCGAAAAAGGUCAGCGUUGAUUGUCUAGUCGAAGUCGGGCCUCAUUCUGCAUUAUCCGGGUCGAUCAAGCAGAUUCUCAAAGCAGAUGGCAAACUCGAUGCCGCGGAUAUCGCAUAUACCAGUCCACUAAUACGCAAGAUGAACGCCGUAAACACAGCCUUGACAAUGGCUGCAGCAUUGGCAACUUCUGGAUAUCCCAUCAACUUUCAGGCAUUGAAUAAUCCAGAGAAACAUGAGUCACAUCUCGUCGUCGAUCUGCCUCCAUACGCAUGGAACCAUUCCCGGUCUUACUGGGCCGAACCCCGACUGAGCAAGACGUAUAGAAAUCGCAAGUUCCCUCGCUCUGAUCUCCUGGGAGUAUCAGAUAACAUGGCGUGUCCGUUUGAGCCUCGAUGGAGGGAUAUUAUCAGAGUGUCGGAGAUUCCAUGGUUGAAGGACCAUAAAAUCCAGUCUAACAUUGUCUAUCCCGCGGCUGGAUAUAUCGCCAUGGCUAUUGAGGCAGUGUCACAGCUUGCUCAAGAUGAAGUAUUCGGAUAUCGUCUUCGAGAUGUCUCUAUACAGUCUGCGCUGGUCAUCCACGAAACAUCUGCAGCCGAAGUCAUGACCUCACUACGAAAGACCGAGUCCAUCCACUCAGACUCAGACAAAGUCUACUCAUUCCACGUCUACUCAGUGACAGACGACAACAGAUGGACCGAACACUGCAAAGGAAACAUCCAAGUGCAAACCAGCAACCCAGAAAGCGACACCAUCCAACAACCCAUCGACAAAUCCACCCUCAGCACUCUCGACAUCCAACCCUUCUACGAGAAACUCAGCACCGCAGGCCUCGAAUACGGACCCUGCUUCGCCAACAUGACAGCAGCACACUUUACCAAAGACGUCUGCGUGGCUGAAAUCACCAUCCCCGACACCGCAGCCGUGAUGCCGAUGCACUUUCAGCAUCCGUUCGUCAUCCAUCCAUGCACGCUGGAUAGUUUCUUCCAUUCCAUCUUUGCUAGUCUAUCGGCUGGUAUAAAGAUGGCGGAGGAGCCGGUUAUUCCUGUGUUUAUAGAUGAGAUAUAUGUGUCGAGGGGGGUGGAUACUGUUCCGGGUGGGAAGAUGAGUAUACACGCGCGCGUGCGGAAGGGAGGAGGUGGUGAUGUUCUUGCUGCCAUUGAGGUUGGAGAUAGACAUCAUGCUGACGGUGCUGCUGUGUCUAUCACGGGUUUGCGAUGCAGACGCAUAGCAAGUGGUGCGUCGACACGCAGUGCGAAGCAGGUUGAUCGUCUUGCGUAUCGCUUCAAAUGGGAUGUUGAUCCGGAUCUUCUGUCGAGUGAGGAUAUCGCGAAGCUUCUUGCGGCUGAUGAGGUUCACACAGAAGACUUGGAUAAAGACAGUGCACUGUUAUAUAUCAAAAAGGCAGUGGAUGCAGUCAGCGAGUCGGAAGUCUCACCACAAGCCCAUCUGAAGAAGCUGUGGCAUUGUCUUGUCGAAAUUGCAAGAAAAUAUCCAACCAUCUCUAAACUUGAUACAGAACCACAUGAGCUGCUUUGCGCCAUUGGAGAACAGCUUCCAGCUAUCUUGAAAGGAGAAGUUGACGUUUCAAGCAUCCUAGACGACAAUAUACUGAGCACAUACUGGAAUACACCCCGUGUCAUCCAGAGCUACGAACAAGCCUCUGUAUACCUCAACGUGCUGGGCCACAAGAAUCCAAAAAUGUCGAUUCUCGAGAUCGGAUCUGGUGCAGCUGCAUCUUCAAUCUUCCUAGACAAGCUCACCGGCGAAGACGACAUUCCUCGAUGUGGACAGUAUGCCCUGACUGAUGACUCUGAAAAUUCAACGCAGCAAUUGACCAGAUGGAGCCAGUGGGUCAAUUACAAGAAGCUGGAUAUCAAUGGGGAUCUGAAGGCCCAGGGAUUUACAGACAAGCAGUAUGAUGUUGUCAUCGUCUCGAAUGGGCUGUACACGGCCAAGUCGAGAGAUCAGGCAGUGAAGAAUAUCCGAUCUAUCCUUCGAGAUGAUGGCCAUUUGGUGUUUAUUGAUCCUGUCCAUCGUGAAAAUCUGUCAGACUGUAUUAUCUUUGGCAGCUUGUCCAGGAUAGACAAUGCGUGGGAUGAUGCCCUCAAAGCACAAUUCUCCGUCACUCCAUGUCACGAUGUCUCGUUAACCAUUUCACGCCCAUUGAAAGAAACACCACCACCACCCCUGGACAUCCUCAUCAUCACUGAAGAAGAAAAUGACAUAUCCACAACCCUAACAUCCCUCCUCCAAUCCUCCAACGUGGAAACAACAGACCUCGCCCACGCCAUCCCAGCCGGCCGACUCUGCAUCAUCCUCAGCGACCUCAAAACACCUCUCCUAGCCAGCCCAUCCGAGGAAACUCUCUCCAUCCUCAAGCAAAUCUUCCUAUACAGCACGGGCGUUCUCUGGGUCACCCGCGGAGGCACAAUAUCCCCCACAAACCCGGACGCAGGAUUAGCCGUUGGAUUUGCGAGGACAGCUCGCUCAGAGUCCGGUGCUGAUCCGAUCGUCACGCUGGACUUGGAUGGGAGGAAUAUUCUUGAUGGGUGUCGUGCUGCGGGGGUUAUUUCAGAUCUUUUUCGAUAUCUGUUUGUGGGUAGAUUGAGCGGUGCUGAUACUGAGUAUGCGGAGCGUGAUGGGAGGAUUCUGAUACCUAGGAUUGUUGAAGAUGCUGCAUUGAAUGAGUCGAUUGCAUCUGCUGGUCUGGACGUUCUCCACGAUGAACCAUUCCAUCAAGACAGACCCCUUCGAGCAGUAGUUGAUGACAAUGAAGAUAUUCACUUCGACGAUGAUCACAGACCGACUGACCUCCCAGACGACCACGUCGGAAUCCACGUCCACGCAAUCGGUCUCACGAAACAAGAUGCACGAAUUGCAUCAGAAAUGAGCCCAGAAUCCCUGCUAGGCUGUCAAUGCAGCGGGACUGUAUACACCGUGGGAAAAGACGUCGAGGGCUUCACGCCCGGUGAUCGCGUUGCCUGUCUGGGCUCAGGAACAGCAGCGAAUAUCUACCAUGGCCAGGCAUCAGCAUUCCAGAAACUGCCCGAUAAUCUAUCCUAUGAAGUGGGUGCGACGGUGCCAGUGGCAUACUGUGCGGCUUAUUAUAUGCUGCAUCGUCUGGCGAGGAUCAGUACAGGCGAGGCGGUGUUGAUACACGACGCAGCUGAUCCAUGCGGCCUGGCUUCGGUGGAAAUGUGCCAUGCUGUUGGAUGUGAUGUAUUGGCUAUUGUGGCAUCAGAAAGCCAAAAGAUGAUGUUGUCUUCGCUCAACAUUCCAGAGAACCAGAUCUUCAUCGGCGCAGAGUCUUCUAUCAAGGAGAUCAUCAGAACAUCAAGAGUCGACGUUGUCAUUGACUGCCACGAUCCAGACAACAGAAGACUCCAUUCUCUCUGGAAAUGUAUAUCACCAUAUGGUCGGUUCAUCCAAGUCGGUACGCAAGCUAUACAGACAAGUCGUCUUUCCCUGCCACGGUUCACAAAAGACAUCACCUUUACCACAUUCGAUUUUGCAAAUCUACAAAAAGAACAACCAGAUAUCCUGGCCAAUAUCUGGAGUAAGGUGAUGAUUCUAUUCAGCCAGGGAAUUCUCUACGGACCUCCUUCACAGUCAACAUAUCCCAUCUCCAGCAUCAACGAAGCCAUCAAAGCAGUCAAUCAAGACCAAACAUCUCUAGUCGUCGUCACGACUACAUCCAACGACCUCGUCAAGACAACACCCCCAAAAACCACAUCUACCCUCCUCCACCCAGACGCAUCAUACAUGCUCAUCGGCGGACUGGGCGGUAUAGGCCUCGCAACAGCCCUCUGGAUGGCCGAGCACGGCGCCAAAAGUAUCAUCUUCGUCAGUCGCAGCGGUACAUCCAGACCGGGUUCUCAGGCCACCGUCGACGAACUGGAAGAGAAAGGCGUGCGUGUGAUUGUUCAAAGCUGCGAUGUUGCCAAUAGCAAAGACGUGCAGACGACGAUGGCUGAUCUAGCAGAGACGGCGCCUCCUAUUCGGGGCGUUAUUCAAGCUGCGAUGGUUUUACGAGACAUCCACAUCGAAAAAAUGACCGCAACAGACUACACCACCGUCCUAUCCCCCAAACACGCCGGAACCUGGAACCUCCACCACCACCUCCCCGCUGACCUCGACUUCUUCCUCCUCCUAUCCUCCAUCAGCGGGGUAAUCGGUAAUGCGACACAAUCCGCCUACGCGGCAGGGUCAGCAUUCAUGGACGCAUUCGCCGCGUACCGAAAUACACUCGGACUACCGGGUAUCGCACUCGAUCUAGGCGUGAUCACAGACGUGGGUUAUCUCGCGGAGAAUAAAGAGUUAGCGGCGAAAAUGGCGCAGCAGGGUUUCGUGGGGAUGGAUACGGGGACGUUGAUGGGGUUGGUUGAGAAGGCGAUUAUGCAGUCGCAGUCGACUGAGGAUGUGAAGAUGAAGACGGCGCAGAUAGUAACAGGGCUAGGGGAGUGGAAGGAAGGACAGUCACUGAGUAACUUUGACGCGCCGCUCUUCGCGCAAUUCCGUCGACGAUAUCUACACCUUUCAGGCGGCAAUGCAGAGGAGAGCGCGGAUACACUACACGAAGACCUGAAAGCCGUCAAGAACCUCGAUGACGCGGCUGGGCUGGUUUACGUGGCGUUGAGUGCGAAGAUUGCGUCUCAUCUGUCUGUUCCCGUGGAUAGUAUUAAUCCUUCCAGUGCGAUAUCUGAGUACGGGAUUGAUUCGCAUGUGGCAGUUGAAAUGAGGAAUUGGAUAGCGAAGAAUAUGGAGAGUACGGUGCCGAUUCUGGAGAUUCUGGCGAGUGGGUCGGUGAUGGAGUUAGCGAUGAAGAUUGCAGCCAAGUCGGUGUUGGUUCGGGUUGAGUGA